AGUCCGUCGUAGGCGGGAGCAGCAACGGUCAAGUCCGCUCCGUUCAGCACGAGCCCCCCAGUGUCGAGGGAGCACCGUGCGUGACGCGCAUUCCGGAGCCCCCCAGUGCACGUGCCCGCGCUCCAGUCGGUUGUGUGGCGCAGCUCGUCGUCCGGAGGGAAGAGAUCGCGCUGCUCGGUGAACGGACUGCUGACCCACGACACGCCAGGUGCCCCCCCCCCCCCUGUUGCUCUGGUAAACAACCCCAGGUAAGAUGUCUCAUCGGAGUGGGCAAGAGGACCCAGAGCGGUACCUGUUUGUGGACCGGGCCGUGGUUUACAACCCGGCCACGCAGGCCGACUGGACGGCCAAGAAGCUGGUGUGGAUACCCUCGGAGCGCAAUGGCUUCGAGGCGGCCAGCAUACGGGAGGAGCGGGGCGAGGAGGUGCAGCUGGAGCUGGCGGAGAAUGGCAAGAAGGUGGUGAUCAACAAGGAUGACAUCCAGAAGAUGAACCCGCCCAAGUUCAGCAAGGUGGAGGACAUGGCCGAGCUCACCUGUCUGAACGAGGCGUCCGUGCUGCACAACCUAAAGGACCGCUACUACUCUGGGCUCAUAUACACGUACUCUGGCCUAUUCUGUGUGGUCAUCAACCCCUACAAGAACCUGCCCAUCUAUUCAGAGAACAUCAUUGAGAUGUACAGAGGGAAGAAGAGGCACGAGAUGCCGCCGCACAUCUACGCCAUCUCCGAGUCAGCGUACCGCUGCAUGCUUCAAGAUCGUGAGGACCAAUCAAUCCUUUGCACAGGGGAAUCGGGAGCAGGCAAGACGGAGAACACCAAGAAGGUCAUCCAGUACCUGGCCCACGUCGCCUCCUCGCACAAAGGACGCAAAGACCACAACAUUCCUCCCGAAUCUCCCAAAGCCUUCAAGCUCCAGGGCGAGUUGGAACGCCAGCUCUUGCAAGCCAACCCCAUCCUCGAAUCUUUUGGCAACGCCAAGACGGUGAAAAAUGACAACUCAUCUCGCUUCGGGAAGUUCAUCAGAAUCAACUUUGACGUCACGGGCUACAUUGUCGGGGCCAAUAUUGAAACUUACCUCCUGGAGAAGUCCAGAGCCAUCAGACAGGCCAAAGAUGAGAGGACCUUCCACAUUUUCUACCGCCUGCUGGCCGGAGCCGGAGAGCACCUCCGAACGGACCUGCUCCUCGAGGGCUUCAGCAACUACCGCUUCUUGUCCAACGGCAACGUGACCAUCCCCGGCCAGCAGGACAAGGAUAACUUCCAGGAGACUCUGGACGCCAUGCACAUCAUGAGCUUCUCCCACGACGAGAUUGUCUGCAUGUUGAAGGUCGUCUCUGCAGUGCUGCAGUUUGGCAACAUCAUCUUUAAGAAAGAGAGAAACACGGAUCAGGCCUCCAUGCCCGAGAACACAGUGGCGCAGAAGCUGAGUCACCUGCUUGGGAUGAAUGUGAUGGAGUUCACCAGAGCGAUGCUCACCCCGAGGAUCAAAGUGGGACGAGACUACGUCCAGAAGGCACAGACCAAAGAACAGGCGGACUUCGCCGUGGAGGCGUUGGCCAAGGCGACGUACGAGCGUCUGUUCCGCUGGCUGGUCCACCGCAUCAACAAAGCCCUGGACCGGACCAAGCGCCAGGGGGCGUCGUUCAUCGGCAUCCUGGAUAUCGCUGGCUUUGAGAUCUUUGAGCUGAACUCCUUCGAGCAGCUGUGCAUCAACUACACCAACGAGAAGCUGCAGCAGCUCUUCAACCACACCAUGUUCAUCCUGGAGCAGGAGGAGUACCAGCGGGAGGGCAUCGAGUGGAGCUUCAUCGACUUCGGCCUGGACCUGCAGCCCUGCAUCGACCUCAUCGAGAGGCCGACCAACCCCCCUGGGAUCCUCGCCCUGCUGGAUGAGGAGUGCUGGUUCCCCAAGGCCACCGACAAGACCUUCAUAGACAAGGUGCUGCAGGAGCAGGGCACACACACCAAGUUCCAGAAGCCGCGACAACUCAAGGACAAAGCGGACUUCUGCAUCUUCCACUACGCGGGAAAGGUGGACUACAAAGCUGACGAGUGGCUGAUGAAGAACAUGGAUCCCCUGAACGACAACGUGGCCACGCUGCUGCACCAGUCAACCGACAAGUUUGUGGCUGAGCUCUGGAAAGACGUCGACAGGAUCGUGGGUCUGGACCAGGUGGCGGGCAUGAACGAGACGGCGUUUGGCGCCGCCUACAAGACCAAGAAGGGCAUGUUCCGCACCGUGGGGCAGCUGUACAAGGAGCAGCUCUCCAAGCUGAUGGCCACGCUGAGGAACACCAACCCCAACUUCGUGCGCUGCAUCAUCCCAAACCACGACAAAAGGGCUGGUAAACUGGACCCCCACCUGGUUCUGGACCAGCUGAGGUGUAAUGGAGUACUGGAGGGGAUUCGCAUCUGCAGACAGGGCUUCCCCAACCGCAUCGUCUUCCAGGAGUUUAGACAGAGGUAUGAGAUCCUCACCCCGAACGCCAUCCCCAAGGGCUUCAUGGACGGCAAGCAGGCCUGUGAGAGAAUGAUCAAAGCCCUGGAGCUGGACGGCAACCUGUUCCGUAUCGGCCAGAGCAAGAUCUUCUUCAGGGCCGGAGUCCUGGCCCACUUGGAAGAGGAGAGGGACCUGAAGAUCACCGACAUCAUUAUCUACUUCCAGGCCGUCUGCCGCGGCUACCUGGCACGCAAGGCCUUUGUGAAGAAGCAGCAGCAGCUCAGCGCUCUGAAGGUUCUCCAGAGGAACUGCGCCGCCUACUUGAAGCUGCGUCACUGGCAGUGGUGGAGACUCUUCACCAAGGUAAAGCCUCUGCUGCAGGUGACCCGGCAGGAGGAGGAGAUGCAGGCGAAGGAUGAGGAGCUGGUGAAGGUGAAAGAGAAGCAGACCAAGGUGGAGGGAGAGCUGGUGGAGAUGGAGAGGAAACACCAGCAGUUAAUGGAGGAGAAGAGCAUCCUGGCCGAGCAGCUGCAAGCGGAGACGGAGCUGUUCGCGGAGGCUGAGGAGAUGAGAGCUCGCCUGUCCUCCAAAAAACAAGAGCUGGAGGAGAUCCUUCACGACCUGGAGUCCCGGCUGGAGGAAGAAGAGGAGAGGACUCAGGGCUCGCAGAACGAGAAGAAGAAGAUGCAAUCCCACAUCCAGGACCUGGAAGAACAACUGGAUGAAGAGGAGGCUGCCAGGCAGAAGCUGCAGCUGGAGAAAGUGACGACUGAGGCCAAGAUGAAGAAAUCUGAAGAGGACAUUUUGUUACUAGAAGACCAGAACUCCAAAUCUGUGAAGGAAAAGAAGCUGCUGGACGACCGCAUCAACGAGAUGACCUCCAUGCUGGCCGAAGAGGAGGAGAAGGCCAAGAACCUGAGCAAGGUCAAGAACAAGCAGGAGAUGAUGAUGGUCGACCUGGAGGAGAGACUGAAGAAGGAGGAGAAGACCCGUCAGGAGCUAGAGAAGGCCAAGAGGAAGCUGGACGGGGAGACGACCGACUUCCAGGACCAGAUCGGAGAGCUGCAGGCCCAGACGGAGGAGCUGAAGGUUCUGCUGGGGAAGAAGGACGAUGAGCAGCAGACGAUGUUGUCCAGGGGUGAAGACGAGGUGAGCCAGAAGAACAACGCUCUGAAGCACGUGAGGGAGCUGCAGGCCCAGCUGUCUGAGCUGCAAGAGGACCUGGAGUCAGAGAAGAUCUCCAGGAACAAGGCCGAGAAGCUCAAGAGGGACUUGAGCGAAGAGCUCGAGGCCCUGAAGACUGAACUGGAGGACACCCUCGAUACAACCGCUGCCCAGCAGGAACUAAGGACCAAGCGUGAACAGGAGGUCACGGAGCUGAAGAAGAUCGUCGAGGAGGAGACUAAAAACCACGAAUCUCAGAUCCAGGAGAUGCGACAGAGGCAUGCCACGACCUUGGAAGAGCUGUCCGAACAGCUGGAACAGGCCAAGAGGUUCAAGGCCAACCUGGAGAAGACUAAGCAGAGCCAGGAGAGUGUCAACAAGGAGCUGGUCAGCGAGGUCAAAGGUCUGCAGCAGACCAAGAUGGAGUCGGAGCACAAGAGGAAGAAAGUGGAUGCUCAGCUGCAGGAGGUCAUGGCCAGAGUCACGGAGGGCGAGCGGGCCAAGGGGGAACUGGCCGAGCGAACGCACAAACUGCAGACCGAGUUGGACAGUGUGUCGGCCAUCCUGGAAGACUCGGAGAGGAAAGGAAUCAAGAUGGCCAAAGAUGUUGCCGGACUAGAGGGCCAGCUGCAAGACACACAGGAGCUGCUCCAGGAGGAGACGCGUCAGAAACUGAACCUCAGCAGUCGCAUCCGCCAGCUGGAGGAGGAGAAGAACGCUCUGCAGGAGCAGCAGGAGGAGGAUGAGGAGGCACGCAAGAACGUAGAGAAACAGAUGUUGACCGUACAGGCUCAGCUGUUAGAGAGCAAGAAGAAGCUGGAGGACGAUGUCGGAACAAUCGAGAGCCUGGAAGAGACGAAGAAGAAGCUGCAGAAGGACUUUGAGCUGGCCAGCCUGCGACUGGAAGAGAAGACCAUCGGAUUUGAGAAGAUGGAGAAGACGAAGACCCGUCUGCAGCAGGAGCUGGACGACCUCACCGUGGACCUGGACCACCAGAGGCAGAUCGUCUCCGGCCUGGAGAAGAAGCAGAAGAAGUUCGACCAGAUACUGGCUGAGGAGAAGAGCAUCUCCACUCGUUUCGCCGAAGAGCGCGACCGCGCCGAGGCCGAGGCCCGGGAGAAGGAGACCAAAGCCCUGUCCAUGACCCGAGCGCUGGACGAGGCGCUGGAGGCCAAAGAGGAGCUGGAGAGGGCGAACAAGCAGCUCCGCGCCGACAUGGAGGACCUGAUGAGCUCCAAGGACGACGUGGGCAAGAGCGUCCACGAGCUGGAGAAGUCCAAGCGUACUCUGGACCAGCAGGUGGAGGAGAUGAAGACUCAGCUGGAGGAGCUGGAGGACGAGCUGCAGGGCACGGAGGACGCCAAGCUGCGCCUGGAGGUCAACAUGCAGGCCAUGAAGGCCCAGUACGAGAGGGACCUCCAGGGCCGGGACGACCAGAACGAGGAGAAGAAGAGAGCGCUGGUCAAGCAGGUGCGAGAGAUGGAGGCCGAGUUGGAGGACGAGAGGAAGCAGAGGGGUUUGGCCGUGGCCGCGAAGAAGAAGCUGGAGAUGGAUUUGAAGGACAUCGAGGGUCACAUCGAAGGAGCCAACAAGGCUCGAGACGAGGCCGUCAAGCAGCUGCGCAAGUUACAGGCCCAGAUGAAGGACUACCAGCGGGAGCUGGAGGACGCCCGCACGUCCAGAGAUGAUAUUUUCGCCAUCUCCAAGGAGAAUGAGAAGAAACUCAAGAGCCUGGAGGCGGAGAUCGUCCAGCUCCACGAGGACCUGGCGGCAUCUGAGCGGGGGCGGCGCCACGCGGAGCAGGAGCGAGACGAGCUGCAAGAUGACAUCUCAAACAGCACGUCUGGAAAGUCGGCUCUGAUGGAUGAGAAGAGGAGGCUGGAGGCUCGCAUCGCUCAGCUGGAGGAGGAGCUGGAGGAGGAGCAGGGCAACAUGGAGCUGCUCAACGACCGCUUCAGAAAGACCACCAUGCAGGUGGACACCCUGACCACAGAGUUGAGUGCCGAGCGCAGCGCGGGCCAAAAGAGCGAGAACGCCCGGCAGCAGCUGGAGCGUCAGAACAAGGAGCUGCGGGCCAAGCUGGGCGAGCUGGAGGGUUCUGUGAAGAACCGGUUCAAGGCCUCCAUCACCGCCCUGGAGGCCAAGAUAGGGCAGCUGGAGGAGCAGCUGGAGCAGGAGGCCAAGGAGCGGGCAGCCGCCAACAAGACCGUGAGGAGGACCGAGAAGAAGCUGAAGGAGAUCUGCAUGCAGGUGGAGGAUGAGCGUCGCCACGCCGACCAGUUUAAAGAACAAGUGGAGAAGGCGAGCUCCCGCAUGAAGCAGCUGAAGCGCCAGCUGGAGGAGGCGGAGGAGGAGGCCACAAGGGCCAACGCCUCGCGCAGGAAGCUGCAGAGGGAGCUGGACGACGCCACCGAGGCCAGCGAGGGUCUGAGCCGCGAGGUCCACACCCUCAAGAACCGCCUCAGGCGCGGCGGCCCCAUCAGCUUCUCCUCCAGCCGGCCCGGCCGACGCCCGCUUCAGGUGGAGGGAACUUCUCUGGACCUCGUGUCCGACGACGAGCUGGAAAACAGAACCACCGACAGCAACGCCAACGAGACUCCGGCGCCGCAGCCGGACGGAGAGAAGCCGUGACUUUGACCUCCGAGUCCCGCCGGCCGCCGCCACGCAUCCCCCAACUCCAAUCUGGACCCUCCGUACAGACACGAGCCAAACACACGCAGCACGACCUCCACCCGGACUCCUGACUCCUCCGCCCUAAACCUCAGCACCAGCCUCCUCCUCCUCCUCCUCCUCCUCCUCCUCAGAGAAACUCUUCGCCGAGCGCAGACGAGCUGCAUCACGACGUCUCCGCUCUGCUUUCUUUUUUUAAGGCGCGCGUACAGAUUAGAAAAAUUAUGUUUGUCCUUUUAAAUGCUUCCAAAUGCAAAAAAAAUGAUCACGUUGCAACGGAACAGAUUCUCACGAGAGAAAACGACUUUCCUUCGCGUUCUUUUCAUCUUCAGGAUGAACGGUUCACCGUGACGUGAGCUGCUCUAGCUUCCUCCAGUCCGGGUGGUUUGCUAUAGGAUAUAGAAACGUGAGCGUUGCUCCUCUCGCAGCGCUCUUCUUCCAACCAUGAUGUUUGACAGUAGGUCCGUGUGGACUUGUAACAUAUACACACAUAUACACACACACACACACACAUUUUCUUGAUCUCUCGCUUACUUCUUCCGUGCCUUUCUUUCCCACUCAUUUGAAACUCAAAACCACAUUCAUGCCUCAUGCGCUGUUCAUAUAUUGAGCCUGCACUUCAAUAUUCUGUAAUGAGCUUAUCUAGUGUGUGUGUGUGUGUGUGUGGGGGGGGGGGGGUAUUCUGUCUUUGUAUGUCCUACAGUUUCUACGCGGCCACGAUGAUUGACAGGAUGAUUGCUAAGACUUUUCUUAUUGAUAACUUUUAUACAUUUUUGAGUUGAGAUUUAAAGAGCACUCCGAUAGACGUCCGCUGUAUCUACAUCUCUGCUCAUAUAAAGAGUUAUUGCACAACGACCGGCUGUAUUAUACGCUCAAUAUCACCACAUGUACAGUUUGAGAUGUUUAGGAGCCGUAUGAAACAUUAAAGUCUCUGAGUCGUUGCUUUCGCCCUCGAUGAUGUCAUUGCAUGAGUCAUCACAUUGGUGAUGUCAUCCGUUCUGCCAGCACGGUCCGGAUACAGAGUUUCAGAUUCACUCAUUUAAAUCCAGAUUAUAGAAGAACAUUCACACAAGAACUGCAGUAGUGCUGGAAUUUAUUUCACUUUGUUCUUCACUACAUUUCAGGUGGAAAUGUUGUAGUUUUUACACACAUGGAUCUGUAAUUACCGGUUUCGGUGCACGUCUUCGGACGCGCCCGGAGAACACGCAGAGGGAACCGAACCCCCGACGCUCCUCCUGAGGCUCACCAGCACCAAGAGACAUUCAUUUAAAUCACUGUUUGUUUGUUGUGCUUCUAUUGGAUAAUGUUUCCUCUCGCUAGAGACGCGUUAAAUAAAAUCAAACAAAUUUGUGGUACAGGA